CUGAGCUCCUGCAGGCGGGCGGGCUUGCUUGCUUGGUGCGGGCGCCUCUCGGAGCGGCGGAGGCAGGCGGAGACGCGGAGUCCCAGGGUAGGAUCUGGCGGAGGAUGGAUUGCAGCUGCGGGGCAGCGGCUCUGGAGGCGGUCUGGAACGCCUGCUGCUGGGGACAUGAAAUCAUGGCGCUGCGACCCGUGACUCUUUCUCUGUGAAGAUGUCGUCCAUGGACCCCCUGCCUCCGGCCACCCCUCCCUCCCAGAAGCCCGUGCGCAUCAUCAAACCUCGCCCGCCCACUCGGCCCCGGCCGUAUUUGCCUCCCAGGCCAGACUCGAGCAAGCUGCUCCGCGGCCCCACUCCACCUUUGCCACCGGAGGGCUCUGUGGCCGAGCCAGCAAACGACGGGUGCCGCAAGGUCACCGAACCCCCCUGCAGCACCGAGCGGCAACUCCAUAUCCUGCAGAAUUCGGGGGCCGUUCGGAAGAUCGUGGUGCGCUUUGACCACGUGGGUCCAGAGAAGGACGAGGCCGACAAGCCAACUCGGCCGGCUGUGAAUGGCAGCCAGAUACCCGUCCCUGUGGCUGAGAAUGGGGAAGGGGACUCGGUGGAGGAGAAAGAAGCACCGGGGCAGCUGGAUUCCAGCGACGACACCCCGCUCUCCACAUCGGGCGCGGUGGAGCAGAAUGGCAUAGAGUCCCCCCUUUCCUGCCCCUCGGCCUGCCCCUGUGUCUGCCACCAGCGGCGGCCGGGCAUGGUCUUGACGUGGGUUCCGGCACAUUCCCAGCAAGCCGAACAAGAGGACGCCGAGGAAGGGCCUGCCUCGGACCUCUCGUCCUCUGCCGACGAGGGAGGACCACCCUUCCGCCACUUCCUGGUGCUCAACCCCCCGCCUGCCAAGCCUCCCGCCAAAGGCGGCCGGGCCCCCAAAUCCCACCGUUCUCCUCGGAGCAAGAAGCCCCCCGACCCACCGCUGUCAGCGAACGGGCACGCCGAGGGCAGUGUGGUGCUGACCGGGUACCGCUCCACGGCCGAGCCCCUGCCCCCACGCUGCCCCCCCUUGAUGCCCAAGCCUCCCCGCCGCAGCAAGGGGGGGUCCCCCGCUUUUUUCGACAGUGAGCCCGUGCCCCCGGCCAUCCCGCCCAAAGCCCCGGUGAAGCCGCCUCGCAGCUCCUUGGGGCCCCUUUCCUUUCCCCGCAGGGGUUCCCCUGAGUUCCCACUACCUUCUUCCCAGACCCCCCCACCUGUGCCCCUCCCUCAUCAGCAGCCUCACCCGCUUCCUUCUUGCCCGCUUCCUGAAACCCCGACUCCCCCUCCGCCAUCUCAGCCUCCUCCUCCGCUGCCUCAGGGGCUGCCCCCACCACCAACUCAGCCUCCGCCGCCCUUGGAGAACACGUCGGUGGAGGAACAUCAGUGUCAAGGUGGCUGUGAAACGGACUGCCCGGAUUCAAGUGAAUCUAACACAGAGACCCAGAAGGACCGACCGUCUUCGCUGGUGUCCCCGAAGGGGCCUGACUGGGGACUCUGCCUACAGGACGAGCCCUUGUAUCAAACGUACCGCCAGGCCGUCAUCUCCAAGGAGAUCAAAAGGCAGACGGUCCCUCGCAACAGCAGCUUCAGCAGCUCGGAUUAUGGGGCCCCCUCCCCCGGCGAAGGUCCCUCCGGGCCUCGCGGCCCCAUCCCUCACAGCACCCUAUGGCAGGAGCUGCCGGCCGUGCGGGAGAGCGGCAUGCUGGGAAACAUGAGCUCUGAGGAGAGGAAGAUGCAGGAGAGCCUUUUUGAGGUGGUGACGUCAGAGGCCUCCUACCUGCGUUCGCUGACCCUGCUGAUCGAGCACUUCAUGGAGUCUCGCGAUCUGGCAGCCACCAUCCUUGUGCGCGAGCACCGCAUCCUCUUCUCCAACAUCCGCAAGGUCAAGGAGGUCAGCGAAAGAUUCUUGCAUGACUUGGAAGGCCGCCUCGCCGAGAGUCUGCAGAUUUCAGACGUCUGUGACAUUGUGGAGGAACAUGCAAAGCAAAGCUUCUCGGUCUACAUUGACUACGUGCGCAACCAACUGUACCAGGAGAAGACAUACAGCACCCUCAUGGAGAAGAACCCUCAGUUCGCCGUCGUCGUGACUCGCCUGCAGGAGCUGCCGGAGUGUCAGCGUCUCCCCUUCAUGUCCUUCCUGCUGCUUCCUUUCCAGAGGAUCACCCGCAUCAAGAUGCUCAUAGAGAACAUCCUGCGUCGGACGGAGGAAGGCUCUUUGCGAGAGCAGAAUGCCAUGAAAGCUUUGGCCUCCGUUUCCAAGAUAAUAGAGGAAUGCAACUCAGAGGUGGGGCGCAUGCGUCACAUGGAAGAGCUGAUCCACAUCGCCAGCAAGAUCGAGUUCGACAAGCUGAAGGCAGUGCCCAUCAUCUCUCAGAGUCGGCAGCUACUGAAGCAGGGCGAGCUGUUGGAGGUGGUGCAUCGCGGCACCAUCUUUGGCAACAAGCCCAAACUGGUCCCCAUAUACCUCUUCCUCUUCAACGAUCUGCUCCUCAUCACCCAGCGGAAGAGUUCCGAACGCUUUGUCGUGCUGGAUUAUGCCCACCGCUCGCUCGUUCAGGCCCAGGGCUGCGGGGACGCUUUUGCAGGCAACAGUUCCGAAAACAGCUUCUACCUGACCCUGCUCGAGAACCACCAAGGCCGGAGUAUCGACCGCCUCUGCCGUGCCCCGACACAAUCAGACAUGCAUCGCUGGAUGGGCGCCUUCCCCUGCCAUGAAUCCCAGCCCAACAGCAAGCAGGAAACCAUCUACGAGGAUUGGGACUGUCCCCAGGUACAGUGCAUUGAGGCUUACGCAGCCGCCCAGGCUGACGAACUGAGCCUAGAACCCACCGACAUUGUCAACGUCCUUCGCAAGACCAACGAGGGCUGGUAUGAGGGUCUCCGCUUAGCUGACGGCAAGAAGGGCUGGUUCCCCUCGCGCUACGUGCAGGAGAUCACGAACGAGCACGUGCGGCGGCGCAAUCUCCGCGAGAGGUACCGCGUCCUGCAGGCCGCCCGCCAGCUUCAGCUGACGCGCACCAGCCACGGCAAGGGCAAGUACAGUUCCGCUUGAGAUUACAAGUGCAGAUCAGCAAAGUGACCGCCGGGAGCGCCGGAGAUGCCAGCUGACGCCUGCGCCUCUGAAGGCUGUGCCGCUGAAUGCAGAAGUACUGCCACCAGGAGAUGUCGGAGAGAGCAGCAGCAGCAGCAGCAAACGGAUGGUUGUAAUGUUGAUGGAAGGCCUCUAGAGGGAGGUAGAGCCAUGUUGCCUUCCUGACCAAAGACGACAGUGACUGUAAUGCCAUAAACAGGCCACCGGAGGUGCCAGAGCAAGACCUCCGAAUGAAUGUCUUUUCUGCAUAUCGUUGCCACAAGGUGGAGAGGGACUGUCAAGCAUCUCCAACUCUACUGCACUGCACGUGGGACUUUGAAUGGUUCUGUCAUCCCUGAGAACUAGUCCAGACUCCUUAGACACUGCCUUGCUUGGGAAGGAUCUCCGUACUCGAGAGAAACAACGAGCUUUCUCAAUGGGUUGAUUGCAGGGGGGGAGGAUGGGGGGGACUGUGGGACAGACCCAGUACAUCUGAGCUGCUUGUGGGGAGGGGUGUGUGAAGAUUGUCCCUGGUGCGAUGACAUUACCAGGCUUGGAGUAUAGAGGUAAGACAACUCAAGGGCGGAAGAGUCUUGGCUUUUCCUUCCCACCAGCUUCCACAGGGCAGAAGCUCCUGCUCGUUUCCUGUCCUGGGUUUGGGGUGGGCCGGGGAAAGGGGGUGAUUGACACAUCAAGAGGAGGCCUUUCCUCACACGAAGGCGGAAUGGGCACGCGUGCCCCUUUCCCCCCAACAAUGUACCCAGGGGUGGAGCUUGAGAAAUUGAAGCUGCCCCAGAAGGAGCCAAACUCAGUGGAUGCUGCAGUGCGACCAGGUUUGCUGGGGUCAGAUUUAGCUGGCUGCGAAGAUCACGGGGCGAGCCCAUCCCUUCCGGCGUUGCCGCUGGCCAGACGUGACCCGAACGGCUCUCGCAUUGCUGCCGCCCGGCUGCCAGUGGCUCUCCAGGGCUGCGGCCCACUGGGAACAUUUCCCGGCGAGUUGAUGGACUGGCCCCUCCCCGAAUGCAUCUGAUGUCACAAGAGAGAUCGGCGUUUUGUAUGGACCAACAUGGUCCCCCCCCCUUUUUGCACGUGUUGAAUCAUGCAACUGUGUGCAGCACCUGCCUCGCCCUCUCCCUGGGGUGUGCACGUCCAGUCCAGUCCAUUCCUCGCGCACCAGGCCAAAGCGGUGAGCUCGAUGCCGCUUGCAGGCUCUCAGGAUCCCUGUCCCUCCGGGGUGCUCUUAACUGCUUCGUGCGCCACACCUUUUUUCUCUUUAAGAGUCUGGGGACGCUGCACAGCAACUCCCUUGUGCAGAUUACCAAUACAGGAGCCGCACUGUGACCUUCACCUGCCGAUGCCCGGGCCCGUCUCGGUGCCAUCUCUGCCAGUAUUUCAUGGGCCCUUCCUGGCAUUCGCUCACGGCCCCCUCUACCUCAGUGAGGAUGCUCCUUUCCAACUUAGGACUGCCCUUUUCUUAGCCCCCAGUUCCCCGAAAGGGUCACUGGCUCGGUCCACGUGUGUUGGGCCCAGAGUAUGUGUUUUCUCUCCCCUCCGGCGCUGGCGUCUGAUCCACUGCUCCCAAACGGAUUUCCUCCCAAUGCCAAGCCUGGAGGGGACGCCCCGAGAUCUUUGCAGGUAAGGUGCCCCCCCCCCCACUCCCGUGACCACGGACCAGUUUGUAUUUAUUAGCUUAAUGGUCUCCGAACUCCCCGUGCGGAGAAAGGGGACCCCACGCCCACCCAGUGAACACUCCAGAGCGCCGGUAGCCUCAGAAAGGGUGGAGAGGGGAAAAAAAAGUAUUUAAUUUAUUCUGUAUCAUAUUUGCCUGGAUUGUCAUGUCUUUUUGUUUUGAUAGAGAAAAAAAACAAGCAAACGAACAAACGGCUUGUCUGUGUAUUUUUUUUAAAGACAAAAAGAAUAAGACGCUGGGGACGCUGGUGGGUUGGCGCUGGCUGCAGUUCUUCAGAAGGUAGCACUUAAGGUGUGGCUGAAACCGAUAAUAUUGUGGGCACUGAUGUUCAGUGUCUGCUGUUGUCAGGGGAAGGGGGAACUGUUAAUGGCCUCCUAGUGUCAAAAGUGACUACCGGCGGUCAGUCCUUACCAACCCCUGUGCAACAGAACCUUUUUGUCGUUGUUGUUAUUCAGCCGCACAGUCGAGUCCGACUCUUCGCGACCCCAUGGACCACA